CAUGGCGGCGUCAGGUGAGGAUUAUUUGGCUAAGAAGAAGAAUAAGAAGGGGAAGACCCUGACCCUGACUGACUUUUUGGCGGAAGACAGCGGGGGCAACGCUCCUCCCAGCUACCCGCCAACCAAGCCCACCAGCUGGGCUGACGAGACUGAUGACCUUGAGGGAGAUGUGUCUACCUCCUGGCACACUGAGGAGGAUGUGUACCGGGCCCCGCCCAUCGACCGCUCCAUCCUCCCCACAGCGCCGCGUGCCGCACGCGAGCCCAACGUUGACCGCUCACGCCUGCCACGCAGCCCCCCCUACACUGCCUUCCUUGGCAAUCUGCCCUAUGACGUCACAGAGGAGUCCAUCAAGGACUUUUUCCGCGGCCUCAGCAUCAGUGCAGUGAGACUCCCAAGAGAGCCCAGUAAUCCAGAGCGGCUCAAAGGUUUCGGCUAUGCAGAGUUUGAUGAUGUGGACUCUCUACUGCGCGCCCUGAGUCUCAACGAGGAGAACUUGGGCAAUCGAAGGAUCAGGGUGGACAUUGCAGAUCAGUCCAAUGAAAAAGAGCGAGAUGAUCGGGGCAUGUCGGGCCGGGACCGGAACAGGGGUGGUGGUGACGGCGGCCCGGAUAAAACGGACUCAGACUGGAGGGCCAGGGGAACCAGUUCUUCCGACACAGACAACGGCCCCUGGAGAGACGAGUCCUUUGGGGAGCGGUCCCGCGAGUCAGAUCGAUUUAGAGAUGGGCCACGGCGAGACGGUGACCGCUUUGACAGCGGGAGAGACCGCUUCAGGGAUCGGUACGAUGACCGCGACCGCAGAGACUUUGAUAAAGGUGGUUAUGACUCGCGCAGCGGUGGCCGUCGGCCUUUUGGCAGCGGUUUUCGACGUGACUAUGAUGACAAGCGGGAUGACUACAGGGGUGGAGGUGGAGGUGGCGGAGGAGACCGCUAUGGUGAUCGUGAUCGCUACGGAGAGCGGGAUCGCUAUAGUGACCGCGAUCGCUAUAGUGACAGGGAUGAUACAUUUGAGAGACGGGAUGAGAGGCGUGAGGACCGAGGCCCUACCCAGAGGCCCAAGCUGCAGCUGAAGCCGCGCAGCGUGCCAAAGGACUCGUCGGAGCAGGGCAGCGGUGCGCCGGCGCCAGCAUCCGACCGGGCGUCCUCCAUCUUCGGCGGCGCGCGGCCCGUAGACACAGCAGCCAAGGAGCGCGAGGUGGAGGAGCGGCUGAAGAAGGAGCAGGAGAGACUGCAGAGACAGCUGGAGGACGAGAAGGGCCGGGGGCCCGAGCGCAGGCCCCGCGAGAGGCAUCCCAGCUGGCGCAGCGAGGACCAACUCGAACGCUCCCGGACAGGAAGUGAGUCUUCGCAGCCGGGCAGCAUGUCAGGCCGAGGGUCUAGGCGCCGGGAGAGCGAGCGCUCUGUGGAGAACGAGGUGUUUGGCAGCGGGCGCGAAGAGGAGCCUCCGUCGCCUAGCAGUAGCCAAGCCCCGCCCCCACCCAAACAGGAAGCCCUGCCGCUGAAGGUGGUGCCCGCGCCACCGCCCAAGGAGAACGCCUGGGCCAAACGGAGCGCACUCAGCUCCAACGCCAGCUCUAACGAUGGAGACACGCGGCCCUCGAGCACAGACACCCCCACAUCCCCUAUCAGCGGCAAUCCCCCCAAACUCAGCAGCUCCCCAAGCUCAGCUGAUGAGACAGAACCCCAAAGAGAUGAGAACAAGGUGGCUGUGGGCCUGCGCCGCGACCGGGGCCCCUCUCGGGGACGGGGAGGAGGGGGGUCCUCGGGAGGCCUGGGCCGGGGCCGCGGAGACGCAGCCAGCCGGGAGCGGCGGAAGGAAGCGGACAGAAAGGACGGCAGACGAGAGCGUGAUCUCAGGCCUGCACCAGAGCCAAAGAGAUUUGAGGAACCUCCUAGCCCUAAAUUCAGCACAGCGAGUAAGUACGCAGCCCUGCUGAUGGACGGAGAUCAAGGAGAUGAAGUGGAUCUGAGUGUGGAUUGAAAAAAGAAAAGGAGGAGCAACGAGGGUGCCGUUAAAGAACGACACGCCUCCUGAUAACUUUCAACAACAGCACUGAAGGACUUGUUAUCCAGCUCUUGUCCUGCUUACAUCUAAGUCAAAACUGAAAACCCAUUACCCAACAUCAACAACCCAACAACUCCUCCUCUCUCGCUUUCUUGUGGACUGUACCUAAACCUAGUGAAAUACUGGACUUGUUUUAAAGAGAAAAGAAAAUGGGGGAAAUGAAAUGUUGAAUAAAUGACUAUAACAAAAUAAGCGGGGGAUUUUAAACACACAAAAAAAAUCAUGCUCGUCUGCUGGGACACACAAUCAUACACCAUUGCACUCUUGAGUGAGGGGGAGAAGAGCCGUAUACAGUAUAUUCCACGCUGCAGCCUCAGGCAGACUCCGGCAGACUCUUGUUUCCAUUAGGUUUUAAGUACUACCUCCAUAUAGACUCCAUAUAGAAGUCGUUAUUGUACAUUCUAAAAUUUGCAGAGGAUGAUGUUAUGGAUGCACAAUACAUAUCCACCCCCCUAUAUUUCCUGUCAACGUCAGCUUGGUGUUUCUGUGUAAAGCAAAUUGAGAACUUCGCCCUCUGUGGCUGGACUGACAUAACCUGGCUAUCACGACGGCAAGUCUUUUCGAGUCUUUAGUCUGUCCUGGCAAACCAUCUACAACAUUUCAAACUCCCCUGAACAAGGGAACCAGUGGAUUUUGAACACGUCUACAAUGGCCGUGUUUUAGGCAGUGACACACCAGCUCAGUUAACAGGUAAAGUAAAGUAAAGGACUGGGUGGUCUAAACGAUUGAAGCUUAAACCUGUUGCAUACAGAGGCAUCUGAAAACCCUUUGCAUCUCCCACAGAGACAUGUUGUGGAUUGUUUGCCUGGCCAGACUUAAGUCUUGAAGAGACUUGCCGUUGCAAUAGCCAGGCUAGAACUGGUAAGUCUUGAAUGCAGAGCAGGUAAGUAAUGCCUCCUUUCCCCUGCCGUUUUUCUGGUAGGCCUACAGCGUGACUCGGUCGCCACUUUUUGCUUUGCGAUUGAGCUGUGUCUUGCCUAUUCGAAAAGCAAAAUGUGGCGGCCGAGUUGCGCUGUGUCGAGCUAUAGGCCUACCAGAAAAACGGCUGUGGGAAAGAGGCAUAAGUAACUAACUUGUGCCCUCCUGGCAGGUAUACCUCAUCCUUAUGCAUACUAAGGGGCCUCCCUACAAGGACACCAUGCAGUCUUUUUACACACAGCUGUAGUUUAGCCACAAUGUACUUCCUAAAUAUCUCUGAAAAUAAGCCAGGUAGGGGUGGUAGAAGAACCCUGUUGGAUCAUCUGCAACCUUUUGACAUAGCAGUAAUACUACUGCUUUACCAAUGCCUUACCCGUGUAAUAUUAGUCUUAUGAAAAUGAAAGCCAGAAAAUAUUCAACAUUUUCUGAGGGAAGCUGAAGAAUUUGGCCCUUGCCAUCUUGGAUGUUAUUUAGCACCACUACGUUUAUGGUUGGAUCACUGGAAUCAGUGUGUGAAACGCCAGAGUAAAAAGCUGUGCUGACCGAGCACUAAAAAGGUUCAGAGUUGCUAUUUUUAUAGGGCUUUGACUUCAAAGGACUGUUACUGAAAUGGAGGAAUCAGUAUUACUGUUUGUUUUUGUUUCACUUUGCGCUUAUGUGUCUCCAUACUGUUUUCACAUUAAAACAAAUAACAUGACUCUCUAGGACUACCAAUGUCGUCACAGAAAUGAGGAUGGCCUUUCAAAAGUGCCCAAG